GCUCUUCCCCAAAAUGGGCGAAAGCUUGCAAAGAGCAAUGUUCGGACAGAGUCGUACGAUAACCGUUUACUGUCGGGCCUAAAAAUAAAUAAAUGGCCAUGAAGUCACAGUUUUUGAGGUUGUGUAGUAUUAAAAGCAGACUUUAUUGACGGGCUGCUGACAUACCAGCUGCGGUUUCACUCUCAAAACGUUAGAAAAUGAACAGUUUGCAAAGUGUACAAUAUCAAGUUUGUUUUAAAACAUCCCUUUUUUGCUUCGAAGUUGAAUAGAUACCUCGAUUCUGAAGAUAAUAAACAUUUGAUAAGACGUGACAACAAGCAAAACGAAAAAGAUGGGAAAAUCGGAAGUCCAGUCUAUCCCCAUUCAUCGUCCUGAGCCGAAUUUGAUCUGCGUACCGGCACCGUGCAAAUCUGUACUUCACACGAACCAGUUCGCGAACAGUCUGGAAAAGCUGGAGAUAACAGAAGAGGACGGAAGAGAAGAGAUCGAAGAAGCGGCGAAAAUUCCCGAAGGGUACGAAAAAUAUAACAAUCAGAUGGCUGGACACGUUAAUGAUAAUAAUAUCGGGAUGUUAAAACAAGAGGGUAUGGUUCUAAAACCAAUUUUAAAACGCGAAUGCGGCGAGAGAGAAACCGGUUUUUACAAAAACCUCAGCUUCACUUUGGAUAAAACAAUUUCAGAAUUAAAAAAUUUCGUACCCAAAUAUUUUGGAACUAAACAACUGACUGUGGACGGUAAAACUCGCGAAUUUAUCGUACUUGAAGAUCUGAUCAAAGAUUUUAAGGAGCCAUGCAUUAUGGACAUUAAAAUCGGCAAGAGGACAUGGGACCCCAACGCCACUUUAGAAAAAAUUCGUUCUGAAGAGAGAAAAUAUCAAGACUGCAAAAGAGAUCUGGGAUUUUGCAUCCCUGGUUUUCAAGUAUACAAAUUAUCAAAUAAUCAGUUAGUCAAGUAUGAUAAGGAAUUUGGAAAAAGCCUUAAUAAGGAGAGAGCAGAAGAUGCCAUAAAAACAUUCUUGAACGCCGAAGGCACCAGAAUGUGUCGAAGUCUAAUAGUCCAAUUCCUAGCAGCGCUUUGGCAGAUCCAGUACUGGGCCAGAAAUCAACGACAAUUGCGUCUUUACUCGUCAUCGAUACUACUUGUCUACGAUGCCAGAAGACUUCGGGAAAAAAUGAAAUUCGGGAAGUUGACGUCCUGUUUCAAGCUCACAAGAAAAGGCAGUCUAUAUCGACCAAUGAGUCUAGCAGUAUUAAAUAAGAACAACGAAUGUGAUAGAAUUCCUACAGGUUUCAGUGGACAACUAACGAAGGAGGGUCCUAUUUUAAAGUCCCCGAGGUCUCCCAGUAAAUCUGUUAACUUAGAGAUGCCUACCAUUGCCAGUAACAACACUUGGUCCAAAUCUAUUUCGUCUUUAAAAAGAACGCAUUCUUUUCAGAACAAUUACGAUAAGGACGUUCAGUGCAGAAAGCAAGACUACACGUAUCUCUUAGACGAAUUGAACACGGAACAAAAAACAGAAUGCUGGGCAUUCGCGAAAAUGAUAGACUUCGCUCAUGUGUUUCCAGCAGAAAAUUGUGAUAUAGAUAGAAAUUAUUUGGAUGGGAUCGAAAAUUUAGUACGUAUUUUCGAGGAACUUUUGAUAGAAAGUGAUUAAACUUUUGAGAUUUUGCGUUAUCAUCACAUAUCAUCUAAAUAUUUAUUUGAUUUUUCAGCAUCUCUAAUAAUAAUUGUAAUUGUUUAAAUGUUUUUUUUUUUUGACAAAAAAAUGAUUGUGUAUUAUUUUUGUAAACGUUUUAAAUUUGAAUAAAGAUUUUAAAAAACCAAA